CGAAACUCAGUUAAUUCUAUGAGAUGUGAUUUCUUCUCAGAAUUACCUAGAAAGGUUAAGACAUGGCUUGAUCCUGAAGUCCCUUUUCUUUUGGACUUGUCUAAAGCCAGUGAUUUAAUUGAAGGAGAGAAAGAAUAUUAUGAAAGACAAAUUGCUACUCUCAAGUCCUUUGAGGAAGUUGAUUCACUUGAUUCAGUUAAUGCCAUUGAUGAAGAGCAAGACCUACUAGAGCAAAUACAACAUGAAAGAGCAAUGCAUAUUUCUAAUUGGGCAAAUGUCUUAUUACUUGCUUUUAAGGUAUAUGCUAUAGUAAAAAGUGGUUCUUUAGCAAUUGAAGCAUCGACGUUGGAUUCAUUACUUGAUCUAAUGGCCGGUGGUAUUCUCUGGUUCACACACCUAUCAAUGAAAAGUAUAAACAUUUACAAGUACCCUAUAGGAAAGUUAAGAGUUCAACCUGUAGGGAUUGUCAUCUUUGCAGCUGUUAUGGCAACUCUUGGCUUUCAAGUCUUAGUGCAAGCUGUGGAACAAUUGAUAAAAGAUACACCUUUAAACAAGAUGACUGAGGAGCAAUUGUGUUGGCUAUAUGCAAUUAUGCUAACAUCUACUGGAGUAAAAUUUGUCUUGUGGAUUUAUUGCAGAAGUUCGGGGAAUAAGAUAGUUAGAGCAUAUGCAAAGGAUCACUACUUUGAUGUAGUCACAAAUGUUGUUGGUUUGGUGGCUGCUGUCCUCGGUGAUCGAUUCUAUUGGUGGAUUGAUCCUGUUGGUGCUAUUGUUCUUGCUGUAUAUACAAUUACAAAUUGGUCUGGAACUGUGUUGGAAAAUGCAGUUUCUCUAGUUGGACAAUCCGCCCCUCCUGAAUUUUUGCAGAAACUUACAUAUCUAGUCCUAAGGCAUGAUCCUCAAAUAAAAAGAGUUGACACUGUUAGAGCCUACACUUUUGGAGUUCUUUACUUUGUUGAGGUUGACAUAGAGCUUCUAGAAGACUUGCCACUGAAAGAAGCUCAUGCCAUUGGAGAGUCACUUCAGAUAAAGAUUGAAGAACUUUCAGAAGUUGAACGUGCUUUUGUUCAUCUAGACUAUGAGUGUGAUCACAAACCUGAACACUCUAUUUUGAGUAGAAUUCCCAACAGUCCACCUUAA